GUGCAAGUGCUGACAGAAAGGAUGUCAGGUCGCAAAGGGUGAAGGCCAUCUUGGAGAGCAACUGCGGCAAAGAGCCGCUGGAGAUUGCAAACAUCCUGACACGGAAGUACCAUGAGCUUUACAGUGAGAGUGCCCCUGAUGAGAUGGUUUGUGCCCCCGAAGGCUGUAGGAGUGAUCACCAUGUAGAGGGGCCGGAGGCCGGCCGUCAUCACGGGGUGAUCAUUCGUUGGGUGUCGGGGGAGUGGCUGCAAUGGCGCAGUGAUGGAGGCAUCUAUGUGGGCGAUGGAUCCAAAAGGUUGACCGCAAGCCCGUUGGGGCAGGCAAAUCGUGACCGACUGGACACCAGAGUGGCACGACGACUCUUAGAAGGUCGUCCACUCUACAUUGAUGAGGGUGACAGCUUGGAGAUGGCUCAGAGCACGGUGGACUAUUUCGGUCUGAGAGGCGGAACAGGGCAAGGACCACGGCAUGGAGGGAGAGAAUAUUAUCAGCAGGUUGAGGCGUUCCUGGAGGGAGCUAUGACUACUCUUCAACUGGGGAUCGUGCUCAAGGAGAUGGUGAGAGUGCGACCCUCACUCCUUGGGACAGCAGUGAUCCUGAUGGAGCUGUGCGCAGUGGGGCCCUUGGGUAGUUCACAGCCCUUCCAGGAAGUGCUGCCAUUGCCUUUGCCUGAUGACACGGAGGCCGAGAUUGAAGUUCGCCGGGUGCUUGAGAAGGUCAGAUUGGGACAGCCGGAGGCUGGGAGCAAGGAAUCCUUGGACAACUGGGUCCCAGUCGCGGGUGUGGAUGCAUGGGUUUGGCUCCAAGUAGUGCUGCUCAACUACAUGUACAUCGGGAAGGACAGGCUGCUGACGCAGACUUUGUUCCACUCCAAAACAUUGCUUGAGUGCCAAGUUCCCGUGAUGGAGAAGUUGAAGUGGAAUGCGAGAACCUUUGGUGCAGACAGCGAAAUGGGGAGGCUGCUUGAUGACAUGCUGCAGAUUGCGGGAUGGCUGAAAGAAGCAGGUGAGCUCCCAAAUGAACGGCCAUGGAGUGUGAUUGAACUAUACGAGAACGUUUUCUUCGAUGCCGCUGACGCGCGGAUUGUCGGAGCGAAGAUGCAAAUGAGGCCUUUGAAGACGUGGGCGCAUGAAGUUGGGUGGACGCGUCGUCCGAGGCAAUUCUGGCUAAGAGGCUUGGCACUGAUAUCAGGGAAAGACCUCACCAUAGAAGAAAAGAACGUUGGUGAGGAGGAUGCCCAUGCAGAAGUGCACUUUGAAGCAUGUUGGCCUGCCCUUUGGAAAUUCGUGGAGCCUGCCACCGCACGGCUUUGCGACACCGAUGACCCCUUCCCAUGUUUCACUCGGCCGAUCAAACGGGAGCAGCCUCCACCGUCGCCUGCAGGCCUUGAACAGGCUUCUGAAAAAGCCCUUCGUCGGUGGAAAGGCGAUGCGUACCGACUUCCUCCCUAUGCAUAUGAAGAUGCAUGCCUUGUAAAGGACAAAGGUGGUCCUCGUCGGCUAAAGGCCAUGGAGCAGGCGAGGAUGCUGGGAUACAACUCAGGGCACUUUCGGAACAUGAAGCCAAAGCCCACUGAGGAUGAAGUGGGUGGCUUCACAGGAAACAGUUUCCCUGUCAUUGUGGUGGGCCGCUUGUUAAUGGGAUUGAUCACACCAUCCCCUCCUGACCAGCAGCAAAACUACGUGGAGCUCCUUUGGAAGGCAUGGGAUGCACACGAGGAGGUGGCACUGCAAAGCCAGAAAGCCACUGGGUGGACCGAACGCUUUGGAGCAACUGCUGGGACCUGGGAAGGGGCCAAAACCGUGCGAGAUCUAAUUGGGCAAAAGCAGUCGAACUUCGAGUGCUCGAAUGCAGGGACCUUUGACGCGACUCGCCGCCGUGCUGCUUGCCACUGGAAUGACCUUGGUGUUGGGCUGGGUCCAAUCCGCGCUGAAUCCAGCGGAUGGCCCAAGCCGGUGGCGCGGCAGAGCUUAGAGACCAAUGCCGGACUUGCGACAAAAGGCGUCGCAGGCAGCAAGAAAGGCGAGGAGAGCCAGAUUGGGAAAUCCGGCGACCCCAAAGGAUGGGCCUCAGAUUGCCUGUCAGGACUUGGACAUUUCAUCCCACCUUGUAAACCAUGGCUGGUGGGUGCAUGGCGUUUGCACGCCGCGUGGGGCCAAGCGGAGCUGCCGUUACGUGCGGCUCCAUUCACACCCCUGCUGGUGUACUCCUUGGCUGAACUGGCGCAUCGGCGUCAUUGGAAUGACACUGCUGUGUUGUUGAUUGUCGGUUUUUGCAUGUUCCCACGGUCUGCUGAGCUCUUCUCCGCUUUGAAAGGUGACUUUGUGUUUGACCAUAGAUCUGCAGUGUGGAGCCUGCCUUUAACUAAGUCAGGCCAGCGCACGGGCGCGAAAGAGUCCUUGGUCGUUCGUGACCGCUGGGUUGUCUCCCUUUUGCGAUCAUACCUUGAGCAUUUGUCGCCUGGAGAUAAGCUCACUAGAGUGUCUGGCCAGACUCAACGGAACCGUUUGAAAGUCCUCACAGAGGAUGCCAAUCUGGCUGGGAAUUUUCAGUGGUACUCUUGCCGAAGGGGCGGGGCCACGCACAUGUUUCGGAUGACCGGCAACCUGUCCCAAGUGUGCCAUGUUGGUCGCUGGAAUAGCCCUAAGACGGCCCGCAUAUACAUCUCAGACGCUGUCGCAGCAUUGGCUGAGAUAGACCUUGAGACCUCGCAUAGGCGUAGGCUCACAUUGUUGGCGGCUCAUGCACGUCCAGACUGGGACACAAUCUAA